ACAGUUGGUAUUCCUUAUUUUUCAAGUGCUCACUCGCCUUCAAAAUAUUGGUACAUUCCAACGUGCAAAACAAAUAUGGCGCAGUAGACUUUCACAGCUCUCGCAUGUCUGACAUCGAAAGUGAAACCAAGCUAGACUGAAGCUUCCACGGCAUUCUGUCUUCCAGAGGCAUGGCUUCAAAAAUCCUGCCUUUAUUUUCUGGCAUUAAAACUUUGCCUCACACCAGGAUGCUGUCCAGAGUCCAGGCAGCCGGUGUCCGUUUCAGCCACUCUUUGACCCGAACUUUCUUCCAGGUGGGAGGGAAGCCUACCCGCAGCCAUACUACCGCUGCACACCGGGCGAGUUUUUCAACCACUCGUGCCCAGCAAGGCGCUCACAGCCGAGAGACUGGUUCCUUCUCCCCUCCCGGGAAAAGAGCGUGGUUGGGCAGAGCAGCAGUCGGUGCUGCUCUCGGUGUGGGCACCCUGGUUGUGGGAUCUUCUCUCCAUACGGGGUCGCUGGCUGCCAUGGCUCUGAAAGUUGACUUGACCUCCGCGGAGGGAGACUGGAAAGAGACCAAGGAAUUCCUGCUUUCUUUGUCUGCAUCAGAGAGACGCAAGUACUACAGGACAAACGCUGUCCCGCUGGACGACGUCCCAGUCUGGAUUCCCACUGCAGGUGUGCUUGAGAAAGGUGUUUAUCCCAGGAAUGAAAAAUUAGAUCAGAAGAUUUCCCUCUACUCUGGCGACAUCACCAAGCUGGAGAUUGACGCCAUCGUCAAUGCAGCCAACCAGACUCUGCUUGGAGGAGGUGGUGUGGAUGGAGCCAUUCACCGUGCUGCAGGUCCACUGUUGAAGAAGGAGUGUGCCACGCUACACGGCUGUGAGACGGGGCAGGCAAAAAUCACCGGGGGCUACGCUCUCCCCGCAAAGUAUGUGAUCCACACCGUCGGGCCGAUCGCUCAGGCAGGUGUUGGGGAGCAGCAGCAGAACGCCCUGAGAUCCUGCUACAAGAAGAGCCUGCAAUUGGCGACUGAAAACGCAGCACGCUCGGUGGCUUUCCCGUGCAUCUCCACUGGGAUUUACGGAUACCCACCUGAGCAGGCCGUGCACCAGGCGCUCGCAGCCGUGCGGGAGUACCUGGACCAGCACCACCACAAGCACCGCCCCAAACCACCUCCCAGAGAGAGUGUUGGCCAUGUCAUCGUUCGUCUCCAGAGUCUCUGUAGCAACGCUGAUGCCAUCACUGGCUGCCAGCUGAAUAUGGUGCAUCUGGCCAGAAUUGGACCAGAGGGUCAAAUUUGUCACCAGUAUUUACCUUCCAGCCCUGCACACUGUGUUUGUUUUACAAAUAAAGUUGGCCUGUUUGCUUCGACCUACGGUAACGUAACGUUUUUCUUCUGUAAUUGGAGCUUGUUUUUGAACAAGAGCGCAUCACUUUCUGCUCCCUGAAGCUCGGCUCGGAGGCGGCGUAAGCCGUAGUCUCAGGAGGGCGACGCCUCGCAGACGUUGAAAAUGAAGACAAGACGUGAAAAUUCUUCGUCAGAUUCCGAGAUGAGACGUCAUCGCGGCAGCACGGAGGAGGGAAGGUUGAGCAAGACGGCAGCGAAUCCAUGGAACUGCACCGACUGGUGAAAGAGUGGAUCACAGAGGGGUCGGAAUUGAGAGCCCGGUUCAAGUUUGGGUUUUUCAAGAAUAGCAUUGCUUUAUGUUGGAAAAUGGCGUUAGCAAGGGCACAGACGGAUUGAACCCAGGGCAAUAAUGGCACACACGGUGUGGAGACUUGUGUAGUGAGUCAUUCAGCUGGUGAUUCUGUGCAGUGAGACGGAAUUAUUGGUUGAAACCGUGUGUAGCUGAGCUGCGAGACGAGGUAGAGGUGCCACGUCUGAAGGCUUUGCUAACUGUCUUUGUGAAGCUAGAGUGAGAUGUUUGGUAAUGCUGUGUGUCGUUUUGAGCAAUCGUUGGACAAUACUGGCACACAUACAUCUUUGUGGGUGUUGAUCCAGUGAGCAGUGACCGUCCUCGUGUGCUGUUGAGCGGACGUCACAAGCAACAUGGAGCCUCCCUCCUCCCAUCUGUGCUGCCUUCGCCUCCCUACGACUCACACAAUAGUCUGUCCCAUGUGUCCAGCUUUGUUGAGGCACAGAUGGUGGGAACUUGCUGGACAUGAUGAACAUGGAUGUGAAACUGUCUCCACAUGGCGAUAAACACUGCGGUUUAAUGAAUGCCGAUUAGUGCUUACUGCUCCCGGGAUCAAAGGUGAUUCAUCUGUUUGCAAAAAUAAUUCAGAAGUUGAUGACUGGAUUUCAAGGAUUUCUUUUAUUCUAGGAAAUGUGAAUGGAGGUGUUUCUGCGGAGCCCUUAAGGGUGAAAUAAAAGAAGAAACUAAACUACAGAACGGCUGUUUUUGUCUACUACCAGCAGACGCUAUAAUACUUUUGCAAGAUCUCACGCCGUUCAAAUGUAUUGAUUCUGCUGCGAGAAGUAGAGGAGUCAUGGAGGAUGACCAAAACCAUGCUUGCGACGAAGCGCGGACAGUAUGUCCUCAUAUUUUAGUCCAAUGUCGAAAUAAAACUCAAUGAAACUUUCCCAUGAAUGCUGACUAGCCAUCUAUAUUGUUGUUUGAUCCAGAAGUAGUUACGACGUCACUUCAAACUAGUAUUGCGAGACCUUGCAUAAA